CCGGCGCUGAAGCGGCCGGGGGACCCGCGGCGGCCGCCGCUGAGCCCGGCCGCACCCCCCGGCACCGUCCGGGACCCUCCGGGACCCUCCGGGACUCUCGGCUCCAGCCCCGCUGUCCCCGGCACCUGGCACAGGGAUUCCCGUGGGAAGCGGCGAUGUCGGACAAAGGCGGCAGCAUGGACGGCAGGACGGACAUCGUCAACGGCAGCCUGUCCAGCAGCCCCGAGGACAUGUCAGCCGAGGAGGGCCGCGAGACGUCCUCGGGCAUCGAGGUGGAGGCGUCCGACCUGAGCCUGAGCCUGACGGGCGACGACGCCGGGGCGGCGCGGGGCCGCGCCAGCGACAGCGACAGCUCCGGCGACAAGGACAGCGACAGCCUGGACGACACCGGCCACUACUCCAUCCCCGAGGAGCCGCGCCGCGACGACGACGACGAGGGAGAGGAGGAGGAGGAGGAGGAGGAGCCGCGCGCCCGGCGCAGGGGGCCCCGCAAGCGGCCGCCCCACGAGCGCGACUCGUCGGACGAGGAGCAGGCGCUGGAGGACUGGGUGUCCUCGGAGACGUGGGCGCUGCCUCGGCCGCGCUGGAGGGCGAUCCCGGCGCUGCGGCAGCGCCAGCUGGGCGGCUGCUCGCGCUUCGUGGCGCAGGCCUGCGGCGCCCGGCUCUUCGUGCAGAAGUUCCGGCUGCAGCACGGCCUGGAGGGACACACGGGCUGCGUCAACACGCUGCACUUCAACCAGCGCGGCACGCGCCUGGCCAGCGGCAGCGACGACCUCAAGGUGCUGGUGUGGGACUGGCUGAGGCGCCGGCCCGUGCUGCAGUUCGACAGCGGGCACAAGAGCAACGUCUUCCAGGCCAAAUUCCUGCACAGCGGCGACUCCACGCUGGCCAUGUGUGCCCGGGACGGGCAGGUGCGCGUGGCCGAGCUCUCGGCCACCCAGUGCUGCCGCAGCACCAAGCGCGUGGCCCAGCACAAGGGGGCUUCCCACAAGCUGGCGCUGGAGCCGGACUCGCCCUGCACGUUCCUGUCUGCGGGGGAGGACGCCGUGGUCUUCACCAUUGACCUGCGGCAGGACCGGCCUGCCUCGAAAUUGGUGGUGACGAAGGAGAAGGAGAAGAAGGUCGGGCUCUACACCAUCUUCGUCAACCCCGCCAACACCUCCCAGUUCGCUGUGGGCGGCCGCGACCAGUUCGUGAGGAUUUACGACCAGAGGAAGAUCGACGAGAACGAGAACAACGGAGUCCUGAAGAAGUUCUGCCCCCACCACCUGGUGAACAGCGAGUCCAAAGCAAACAUCACCUGCCUGGUCUACAGCCACGACGGCUCAGAGCUGCUGGCCUCGUACAACGAUGAGGACAUUUACCUGUUCGACUCUGCGCACAGCGACGGCGCCCCAUACAGCCGGCGCUACAAGGGGCACCGCAACAACGCCACAGUCAAAGGCGUGAAUUUCUACGGCCCCAAGAGCGAGUUCGUGGUGAGCGGCAGCGACUGCGGCCACAUUUUCCUGUGGGAAAAAUCCUCCUGCCAGAUCGUGCAGUUCAUGGAAGGGGACAAGGGCGGAGUGGUGAACUGCCUGGAGCCCCACCCUCACCUCCCAGUGCUGGCCACCAGUGGCUUGGACCACGACGUCAAGAUCUGGGCGCCCACGGCCGAGGCUCCCACGGAGCUGCAGGGCCUCAAGGAGGUGAUCAAGAAGAACAAGGUGGAGCGGGACGAGGACAGCCUGCACCACACGGACAUGUUCGACAGCCACAUGCUCUGGUUCCUCAUGCACCACCUGCGCCAGCGCCGCCACCACCGGGUACCCGCGCCGCCGGGAGCCGGGGGCCGAUUCCCCUCGGACGAUUCCGGGAGCUCCUCGGACACUUCGGACGAUGAGGAGGAGGGGCCGGACCGGGUGCAGUGCAUGCCCUCGUGAGCCCCCAAAAACCCCAAAACCCCCCCAAAAACCCCCAAACCCCAACCCUGGAGGGGGCCCCACCCCACUAACACUUGGAGCUUUCUAUUGACCUUCUUCAGCCCCCCCAAAUUCCUGGUUCUCACCUUUUUUUGGGGUCCCCUCUCCCUUUUUUUCCCCCCUUUUCCCCCUUUUUUGGGGUCCCCUCCCUCUUUUUUCCCCUUUUUUUGGGGUCCCCUCUCAAUCUGGGGGAUCCAGGGGGGGAUUUUUUACUGCCUCCCCCUGCAGUUUUUUUGGGACCCCCACCCCUUAAAGCACCCCCUUUUUUGGGGGGGGUCCCCACCCCUUUUUCCUACAUUUUCUCCCCCAUCUUUCCCCAUUUUCCCCCUUUUCUUUCCCUCUUUUCUUUCCCCCCUUUUCCUUCUCCUUUUUUUUCUCCUUUUCCUCCCCAUUUCCCCCCCACUUUUUCUUUUUUCCCUCUUUUUCUUUUCCCCCCUUUCCCUUUCCCCCCCUUUUUUCUUCUUCCCCUUUUUUCUUUUCCCCCUUUUUUUGCCCCCUCUUUUUUUCCCUGGUUUUCCACCAUUUUUUCUCCUUUUUCCCCUCCACUUCCCCCCUUUUUUUCCCAAUUUUUUUCCCCUUUUUUUCCCCAUUUUCCCGGGGGUCUCCCUCCCUCUGUACAUAGCCGUGAUUUGCACUUGGUUUGGCCCCUUUUACCCCAAACCCCCCAAAAAAACCCCAAACCCCCAAAAAAACCCUUUUAUUUCCCAUUUCUUUUCUCGGGGGAGGGGUUCAGGGGGGUUUUUUUGGGGGGGGGGAACCCCCCAAAAUUUCCCUGUUUAGAGGCCUAAUUUUAUAUUGUAUUAAAAAAACCAAAUGGGCCCGGGAGUUCUCCCUGGCAGAGCUGUAAAAGUUGGGAUAUAUAUUAUAUAUAAAUGCAAUAAAAACCGACUCAACGAGCCCCAGACUCCCCAAAAUUUCUAUCCCACCCCCUCCCCGACCCUUCCCCGGUUUUUUUUUUGCCCGUUUUCCCCGGAUUUUCCCCCAAAAACCCUCGCACAGAGCAGCUUUUUUCCAUCUUUAUCAAUACACAGUCAGCACGGUCUG